AUGGCCAUUAUCGAUACGGCAACGCGACAGUUGCGGGUGGUUCGAUUGAGCGAACACAUGAAAGAUGAUAUUGUGGAAAACGUAUCCGAAGACGAAAACGCAGUGAGUAGUAUCUUUGGCGCACGCCGGACCAAGCCGAAAACGAACAAAGGUCCGAUUGAGAUCAAGGCGUGUGGCGGGGAUAUGAACCGAGUAGUGCUCCAUCGCCAGGGCAACAGCACACCCACUGUGUUUGACUUCUCCACAAAUACUGUGCAUGGUUUACAGUUGCCGUUCAAGGCACACUCUGUCCACCCUCUCUCAGCACAUGUGUGGCUGGUGCAGCAAGUGGUGGACGACCAAACCAUAGUGCACACACUGCACACGGCCGAGGGGCAAACGACUCCAACAAUUCUCAACAGAAUUGACCGCAACAGGACCGAACAUCUCGCACUCGCAACGCAAUGGAGUGGCAUCCUCAGCACCAAACCCAACUCCGGGGAAGCAAUUGG